CUUCAUGUCGCUUUCAACCGUUUGUUGGUCUAUAAACAUUUUUGCAUAAAAAUAGGAUUGUUUGUAUAUCAGCAAAGAUGGAGGUAAUGGAAGAUGGAAACUUGAUGGACAAGCUAGGUAUCCUGAUAAAAAGGGACAUGGAAUAUUAUCAAAGCAAGCAGGCAAUUCUCCAGCAAACGGUCUGUCCAGGCGUAAUGGGCGGGAAACUGGAUUUCCCAAGAUCAGCUUCAUUUGCUUCUAUAAAAUUGGUUCAAUGGUGGGAAGAUGAAUACAUCGCGGCGUAUAAGCAACCAUCUGGAUUUUUCCAGACCACAAAAAAGGAAACGAGCUCUGAAGAUUCUGAUUCUACGGAAGACGAAAUUGUAAAAAAUUCUGAUCCACCGAAAUUUAUGUCGCUAGUAAGCAAGUCUUCCGAGGAAUUUUUAGACCACCUGCACAUUUUAACUCAAGAAGCUCUAGAUCAUGCAGACCUCUCCGUUUUGACUGGCACCAUCGGAGCAGCGGCUCUCUUGAAAAACUACCUCUGGUUUUACAUACAAACGACAGAAUCAAGCUCGUAUUCCCUCGCCGAAGUCCAGAAAAGCUCCAAAAGAUACAACGAAAUGUGCGAAGCGCUGGCGGAACGACUGCUAGAUCUUUAUUGCAGAUUAAUUUCACUUUACAUACUACAAGACGCAGAGUGUUUGGAUUGGGAAUGCCACAAACCGUUUUUUGAAUGUGAAAGAGGGUCUUACACUAUUCAGAUGUGGUGGACCUUCAUGCAAGGCACCAAGGAGGAUCUUUGGAACACUGUACCACCAAAAAUGGCGCAACGAGUAUUUUCUGGAAUGCUAAAUGAAUCAUUGACCAUUUUAACAGUACGAUACACACAGGUAACUAAAAACUGCAAGUACUCUAUACUCGGGACCGAAAAGGAAGAUAGCAGUAAAACACAUAUCGCACGCCUAUGCUAA